AUGCAGGUUGGAAUGUGUCUGCUCUGGGCGACCUGGCUCUAUACCUGGGCGGAAGGGUCACGCCAGUGUCAGUGCCAAUGCACCUGUCUACCUGAGCCGGGAUUGGCCAAGGGGUCAAAGACACAGGUGAAGGAUCAUAAGGAGCAUGUCCGUCAUCGUUUGGAGCACCGGCAGCAUCAGCCUCAUAGGGACAGGCCACACUGGAGAAAAGGUAAGCACCCCCCUUCCUGCAAUUAGGCAUCAUAUUGAUAAUGCAGUACUGAUUAGGUAAUGUAUAUUUGAUCAACUAUCGGUGUAUUCAAAAAUAGUACAGAAUGACAUCACCAAGUUUGCAAUCAAAGUCUAAUAAGUGUUGGUCCCAUACAUAUUUUGUAUCCAAUUAACUACUUAUGUACAGUUAAAUACAUACGAAAAAUGAUCAGUUAUAUAUGAAUUAUGCAAGCUUUUCAUUUGCAUGUUAAGUGUAUUAUUUAUUUGUAGAGUGAGACAGCUAUGCCUGCCCCAAGCUGUUAUGAGAAUCAUUGCACUCAGCAUGUGUCCUAGUGUGUGGACCAAUGCGUGACAUCUUUAAGAUGGAAAACACAAAAACAUGUAUUGGACGAUUGAUAGAAAACCAGUAUGAGGCGACUUGGGUCAGAUUCAUCCGAGUUUACUCUUGUUCCUGUAUUGGCAUCAAAAUCCCUGCUGUUUCCUGUUGAUAAAGCUUACAUUUACAAAUACUUUUAACCGUCUUUGUUUCUAAGGUCUGAGCUGAGGAUCUAGUGAUGCAAACAUUUUGGGGGUUGCAAUUUAGCUAUUUCUCUUCUGGUUGAGAAUAUGUGAAUUGACCUGGAAGAAGUUCAAAUACCUUAACAAUAAUUUAUCCUCAGUGGAAUUACUUUUCGUGAUCUCUGACCUGGCUUUCGGUGUGUAACUAUACAAAUGAUAUAGCACUGGAUUGGUUCUAUUUUGAGAUAUACUUGUGUAUUGUGGCUUCAAGAGAUUGCAAGUAUAUACUGUAUCUUUCUAGCUUCUUUUCAAAGGACACUUCAAAAUCUUUUGACAUUAAGUCCCUCUUUUUUAACAUUAUUUUUCUCAUUCCAUUCAUCCCUCUCAUCCAUUCAAACACUUAAUUGACCUUUGGAACUUUGACAUGCAAAGAGGUCAAUUUUUUUAAGCAAUCCCUCAGCACAUAUUUAACCCAACAUAAUUUCCAUGCCUUGUGUUUAGAGCGAGCCAUCCUUCUUCAGCCUCUCUAAACCUUUUGUUACCAUCUAGCACGAGUUGUUGGAUCAAUAUAAGCAUCCGUGACCUCGACUGGGCCUUUUUAGACUGAAACAAUGGCCGGUUCACUAAACAACACUUUAUUUAUGUGUUCUUUGGGAGGUAAUGAACGAUUAGUUACCGGAGUGUAACUCCAGUUCUAUGAGUGGAGCGGAGCCCCAUAGGGGAGCUCUGCUCCUAUUGGUUCACCCACUGCCCUAAGGCAGCAUCAGCCUGAGACAAAAUUAUGCACACACCUGCAGCCAAUAGGAGUACAGGUGUCCCUAUAAGAGGGGAUGCCUCCCCUCAAUCAGCCUCCCGAGAAAUUAUCUUCAGCGAGACUAGAGAGGGUCGGCAGGGCCUUAAGUCCUAUGGGGCUCCGCUCCACUCAUAGAACUGGAGUUACACUCCGGUAACUAAUCGUUCUAUAUCGUGGAGCUCCGCCCCAUAGGGGAGCUCUGCUCCUAUUGGUUUAAGGCGCAGCGUAGCGCUCCAAAAUGUACUCCCUGCCGAGCCCAACACUUCCCAUCAAAUGAAAAGGUCAGGCCUAGCAAUGGCUGCAACCAAUUCCCGCAGUACUGUAACCACUGUACCCAUACAGGCGUCACAAUAUACCGCGUCAUCGGUUAAAGACCCGCCCCACCUAGUCCAAUGGCAACACCAAUGACUAGUGGGCAGAUCACCAGAAUACAGGCCAUACUAAUCUGAACUAGCAGAUAGAUGUUACCUCAGUAUCCUGUUACAAUACUACCGACCACUAAUGGAAUGACACAAAGUGUCACUCUACAUUGUGUACACGGUAGUCCGCCUCACUCAAUCAAUGGACCCCAGAGAUUAGUGGGCAGAUCCCAGAACAUGAUUCAUACUAAUCUGAACAAGCAGAUAGAUGACAUCACAUUCCGUCCAAUUGUCAUGACCGGUCUAACAGUAUCGUAACCCAGGUUACUACUAUUAUCCCUCAUCAUCCCGCCUCACUCCAGUGAAACACUGGUGGGCAGAUCAAUACAUGACCUCUACUGUACUGAACCUGUCAGUCAGGAGUCAUGCCAAAAAUAUGUCCUUCUAUUGGAAGCGGACCUUAUAGAGACCCUGUCUCCACAGUCCUGCAUUCCUCUCUUCCUAGCUCAAAGUCUCCCUUCAGCCACGCUGAGUACAGACUGAGCCAAAGAGUUAGAAGACAUAUCCAAGAGAUAGAAACGGAUAAAUGGAGACGGUGUUGACCAUGACGCCGCUCUACAUAUAUCCUCUACCCCUGUUCCUCUGAAAAGGGCAGUAGAAGCUGCUACUCCACGAGUGGAGUGAGCUCUGAUACCCUGAGGCAACUGUCGCCCUGCUGCCUCAUAAGCUGUCUCAAUGCUCUCACAGAGCCAAUGAGACAGACGCUGUUUCGAAAGUGGUCUACCUAGUGCAGCCGCACCAUGACACACAAACAGCUGAGGCGAUGACCUAAUCGCUGCUGUGCGCUCAACGUAACACGCCAAGGCGCGUACUGGGCACAGGCGAUGGAGCCUUUCUUCACUCCUCUCUCUAUGAGGAGGAGGAGAAAAAGCCCACAGCUCCACGGUCUGUGAUCUAUAUGAACUCCUAAUAACCUUCGGCACAAAUGCCGGGUUAGGACGUAACACCGCUCUGCUCAGAUCGCCAUUAAUGGCCAGGCAGUCGGGUCUCGUCGAAAGAGCACAUAAAUCACUAACAUGCUUAGCCGUAGUCAAAGCGAGCAACAGCGCUGUCUUCAAAGACAGCAUCUUGAGGGGUAUUUGAUUCAAUGGCUCGAACGGCGACUUACAUAGCGCUUCGAGUACCAAAGCCAAAUCCCACUGAGGAAGCGUGGCUCUAGGUGUUGGCCUAAGCUGCUGUGUUCCUAAUAGGAAACGUUUCACUAGAGGGUGGCUAAAGACAUUGUCUCUGCCAAACCCCUCAUGACAAGCUGAAAUCGCCGCUGCAAACACCUUAAUGGUGGCGGGCGAUCGCUGCUUGUCAAAUAUAAGCUGUAGGAAAGAGAGAAUACUCUCAACCUGACAGCUCAUGGGGUCUACACCUUGUGUGACACACCAUUGUGAAAACACGUUCCAUCUACUGGCGUACAUCUUAGAAGUGGAACUGGCACGUGAACCCUGUAUGGUCCUGAUCACCGCAUCAGAUAACCCACGGCGCUCUAGCCUGUCCCUCUCAGCAGCCAGGCCUUCAGUGGUUGGCCGAUUAUGGGCAACCGCCCCAUCGUGCCCCCCGCCUGAGACAACGCGUCCCGUCGAUGUGGAAUUGGCCAAGGUGGCGCAAUCAACAUCUGACUCAUCUCCGCAAACCAAGGAGCCCCUGGGCGAUCGGGGGCUACCAGUAUCACUGACAGCCCUCCUGAUCUCACCCUGGCUAACAGUGGGAGAAUGCAGGACAGCGGAGGGAAUGCAUACAGAAGAACUCUCGGCCACCGGUGAUGCGCAAAGGCGUCUCUUCCUAGUGGCGGUUCUUCCUGUUCCCUUAGAGAGAACCAUAGGGGACAUUAAGCGUUCACACGUGACGCGAAUAGAUCCACCUCGGCUCUCCCGAACUGUUCCCAAAUUUGGAGAACAAUGUCCGGAUGCAGACACCACUCGUCGUCUCGAGGACCCCCUCUUGACAUGAGGUCUGCUCCUACGUUCAAGUAGCCCGGAAUGUGUGCUGCUCCCAAUGAGCGAAGGUGCUCGUGAGCCCACAGCCACAAUUCCUCUGCCGCCCGAUGGAGAGCAGGAGACCUGACUCCUCCCUGGCGAUUUAUGUGGGCUACUGUGGUCCGGUUGUCUGACCCAGACCAGCACAUCGCGACCCCGAAGGGUAGACGCGAAGUGGGUCAAAACCAGUCAAACCGUUUCCAACUCCAAGAGGUUGAUGUGGCGACUCGAAGGAGGCCACACACCUCCUAUCGCUUGGGUCUGACAUGUCCCUCCCCAUUCCGUCAGAGACGCAUCUGUGAACACUGGGAUGUAAGAGGACACUUUGCCUAUCGGGACUCCGUGCGUGAGAACGCGCAGGUUUCUCCAAUAGUUCAGAUCUGCACUGAGCGAGAGGGGAACCACCACCAACCGAUGACGUUGACGCAACGGGUCUAGUCUCAGUUGGGCGAACCAUCGCUGCAUCCUGUGCAUGUGCAGGAGUCCCAGCGGAACCACAGAGUGGGCUGACGACAUGAGACCCAAGAGUGACAUGAUCGACAGUGCCGUCACUGUGUGAUUCGGACGACACUUCCUCAGGGCUAGCAACAAGGCUACCCUUCGGGGGUCCGAAAUUCGAGCCCUCAUCAUUACAGUGUCUAGCUGACAAUCUGAUGACUGGGCCAGGGCGUGCUCUUUUUCCAAUUCACAGUGAAUCCCAGACGUGUGAGAUGAAUCACUGUGUUGUGUGAGUGAUCGCCAGCUCUGCUGACGGGGCGAGAACCAGUAGGUCGUCUAGGUAGGCUAGUAGCCGUAUUCCCUGACGACGCAACGGUUCCAAUGCCGCCUCCACACACUUGGAAAACGUGCGAGGUGCCAGGGCGUACCCGAAUGGCAUCCUCGUGUAUUCGUACGCCACCCCUUGAAAGGAGAAUCGCAGAAACUUCCUGUGACGCGGCUGUACCGGCACAUGAAAGUACGCAUCCUUUAGGUCUAUGCUCGUACAAAAGUCUCCUUUCUGGACACAUUCCAGCAGACGUUUUGUCGUUAGCAUUCGAAAGGGCCAUUUGGUUACGCUCUCGUUGAGAAUGCGUAAAUCCAAUAUUGGCCUCAUUCCCCCCGUAUUUUUUGGCACUAGGAAGUAGGGCGAAUAUAGCCCCUUGUUCCUUUGCUCCUGGGGAACCACUGUGACCGCCUCCUUCGCCAAAAGUUCCGUAAUCUCUGAAACCAGAGCGGCCACUUUUUCGGGCGUUUUCAUCACCGUCUCCACCACUCCCCUGAAUGGGGGUGGGGUCCGAUGGAAUUGGAGAGCAUAACCCUUCUGCAACGUCUGUUGUAGCCAGCGUGAGAGGGUGCAGCUUCGCUGCCACUGCCAGCAAUACAGAGAAAGCGGCCGAGCGCGAAGCUGUGGUACAUUCAGUAGGAAGGACCUGUAUUCCUCUAUGGCCCUUGCCGCCGCUGUUCCCCAACACUGAGGUGGUGGAACAGCCCAAGGUGGGCCUCCCAAGAAAGAGAGAGGAAACAUUAGUGCGUUAUGAACCAAAAGGGGGGGCAGAAACGUCAGUUAAACCCGUAACCGUCGUAUUCCUGCCCUCCGUGAACGCAGCGCGGGUCUGAAUUGCACUGACCGAGGCCACAGCCUGCGACAGGGCACCAUCCCCAGCAAGCGAUUGCGUCAUCGUAGGUGACUGCAAUUCGCUAUUAGAGUCCCUCACUACAAUACUCCUCGAAGUCUGUAAUAUGAGGUCUCUAUGAGGUAACACAAGGCGGCGCCUUGAUACCGUCUUACCCUUCACCUUCUGUGUGUGUUCAACUCUGCACCUCUGGUGGGUUGAGUCACGCUCAGUGUGGUGAGUAUUAGCACGUUCAAAGGUAAGUGGGGGCGCCGAUACACUGGGCACCUUCGUGACCGUGGUAAUCGGGCCCUCCGUGAAAGCAGCAUGGGUCUGAAUCGCACUAACCGAGACCUUAGUCUGCGAUAGUGCGCCAUCCCCAAAUAGCGGCUGCGUCAUCAUGUCUCCUGACUGAGACUGCAGCCUGCUAUGAGAGGCACUCACUACAGUACUCCUUGGAGUCUGUAAUGUGAGGUCUCUUUGAGAUAAACCAAGACGGCGUCUAGGUAUUUUUCCUCCUUUCACCUCCUGUGUGCGUUCAGCUCUGCACCUCUGGUGGGCUGAACUACACUCAGUGUGGUGAGCAUUGGCGCGUUCAGAAAAAAGUGGGGGCGCCGAUACACUGGGCACCUUCGUGACCGUGGUAAUCGGGCCCUCCUUGAACGCAGCAUGGGUCUGGGUCGUACUAACAGAGACCUUAGUCUGUGAUAGUGCGCCAUCCCCAAAUAGCGACUGCGUCAUCAUGUCAGAGUCUGACAGAGACUGCCGUCUGCUAUGUGAAGCACUUCUUAUACCUGAAGUGUUAUGUGAACCUACUCUGAAUGCCUGUUCAGCAACGCACCCUUGGUGGGCUGAACGGCGCUUAGAGUGGUAAGGGAGAGAGGGUGAGAUUUGAACGCUCUCGGACGUAUUAUGGAAAAGGGGCUCUUUUUUGACAAAGUCAGGUGGAGCCAACUCUUUAUUAAACACAUCAACAAAAGCAUUUACAUCAUCAUCCAUCCCUUCAACUGAAGGGUGCGGGGGAACAGUGGUCACGUUCAAGGAUGGCGUGUCCUCCAUUCGCUCCCCCGCGUCCCGUCAUGUGCGCCUCCUCUUGUGGCCUCCCUUAGGGGCCCAGUUCGGUGCUCUCACCACCUCCCUCGCCGGCUGCAAUGGGGCCACCGUGGCUGCUGGGGGGGCUGGGCCCGCUCUCCUCCUGUGGCCGCCGACUGGCGCCGGAUACGCCGCCUCGCUGUAGAUCCUUGUCUACUCUGGGGGGCGGAAGUGGAUGGUUUACGAGACGGUGCAGUGCCUAACCUCCCUGCCAGUGGCAGGUGUCUGGCCAACUGCUUCUUUUCCUCGUCCAGUUUGGAAAACCUCUCAGUCGCCUCUUUGACGGCGACUCCAAAGAGCCCUUCGUCAGAGAGGGGGGCGUUCAACGGGGUCGUUCUGUCUGCUUCCUUCAUGGUUGUCAGUGACAACCAGAGGUGUCGCUCCGCGACCACCGAGGUGGCCAUGGACCUCCCCGAGCAGACGGCCGAUGCCUGUGUUAGGUGUAGGAUGGCGGCAGAAAUUCUAGACGCCUCCUCCACCUCCUCUGGCUCCAGCGCUGUCUUACCCGUGGUUAAACGGGACAGAGCGGCUGCCAAGAGGGCAAUGUUGUUAGCUGCUGCUACAGCUUGGGCUCCCAAAUUGAAGGACUUCUCUAACAGCUGUGCUGUGAGACUGUCCUUCUGAGAUGGCAACGUGGCUUUCUUGGAAGAGGGCCAGGGACUCGAACCCGGUACGAGAUACGCCGCCAUGGCGCUCUCUAACCUGGGGAUUCCCUUAGCUUGGCCCUGGAACCUUCCCUCCACUCUAGUGAAUGGGAGGUACGUUUUAGCCGGCGAACGCGCCGCUAAAGGUGCCUCCCAUGAGCCCUCAAUGUAUUUUGCCAAUGAAGGCAUGGCAGGAGCUAAAGGCUCUGCCGCUCUUCUUGGCCUGGAAUAGGGGCCGCCCUCCAUUAAAUCAACCUCCGGUGUGGAGGGAAUAGGGGGCAGCGGUAUUUCCAGCCGUCUAGCACCUCUCUCAAUGAGAGCCGGAAAGUCCGUUCUCAGAGACGCUGCGGUGAAGGACAGGGCUUCUGACUUCUCAGAGCCCGUGUCGUCAUCACCAUAGGAACUAACAAGCCCUCUCUUAACCAAAGGAAAGGGGGGCUUGAAUGUAUGAGGGACGGGUCUGACUGUUCCAUUGGAAUGUCAGCCUCCUCCUCAAAGUCCCAUCAUCCCCUGAGUCUGCGCCGUCGGAUGAUGCCUCUGAAGCAGAGGCUAGUAUCGACAGCACGUCCUCUAGGGGGAUAUCCUCCCUAAAAAACGCCCAACGCUGCUUCUCUCCUUUGUAGAAAGGACGGGAGCAGUUAGGGGGACUGCAGACGCCCUCUUUGGCAUGCUGGGACCCUAGAACACGAAACAUAAGUUGUGGGAGUCGCCGGCCGCCAUGGAGGAGCAUCUGCAUUGAGCUCUGAAAAUAGCUUUUGGGGGUGGAAAUUCUGGUGUGCUCAUUUUAGGACGACGUCGAUGACUGGAAAUUCAACGGCGUUCUGUCCUGAGUCUUCUCUUCUUCUCUUCGUCUCUUCUUGGCUUCUUCAGUCUAGUACCAGUCGCUGAAGAUAAAGGGAGGCUGAUUGGAGGGGAAGGCAUCCCCUCUUAUAGGGACACCUGUACUCCUAUUGGCUGCAGUUGUGUGCAUAAUUUUGUCUCAGGUGAUGCUGCCCUUAGGCAGUGGGUAAACCAAUAGGAGCAGAGCUGCCCCUAUGGGGCGGAGCUCCACAUAUAGAACUACCAGUAGUAGUUCUCCCUUUCUCUUCUCGCCAUCUCCCUCCGGGAGUCCUGUUUGUACAGGAUCUUGGGUAAUUGGGAUAAGUAACUAUUAGCUCUUAAAGUCGUUUUUUAUUUUCUCCUCACAGCUAUGCUCUAGCCGGGCCUCCUUGUUUCUGCUGUUAUGUAUCACUAGGUGAUGGCAUCUGAGUGUCUUUGUAGCAGGGUGUAAAAGAGAGAUGUUGUAUCCAUUUUGGCUCAAUUAAAAUGUCUCAAUUAAAAACUCUAAACGCUAAAAGAAAACAUCAGAAUGCAUAUGUUAUUCUUUAGGCCUACUCUGCAUGCAUCUGUAGGCUAGAGCAAGUCAUACCUCUCCAUAAGUCAUUUAAAUCAGUUGAAAAAGAAGGCUAUUGACAUUAGCAGAUGUUGUUGAGAUUGCUUCUAUCUACAAAACAAUUCCUUGCCUUUCCCAUUUUUUGCUCUGCAACGUCUUAUUUGUAGUUUAGAUUAAAUUCUACCAUGAUAAACCAUGAGAUAUGAUUGCAAGAACUGUACAAUGUCAUCAGUUCAUGAAAUAUGAGAUUAUGUCAUUUCCAUGUAUUGUUUAGAAGCAUGGGAGCCUCCUCAUUUCCUGCCUCGCCAUGCAGUGUUGACAGAGCUGCUGCUACAAAUGGUUUUCAAUGAAAAACAUGGAAAUAGACAACCAGUCCACAUGUCUGGCUGUAUUACACUGAGUGUACAAGACAUUAGGAACACCGUCCUAUUAUUCAGUUACACCCCCCUUUGCCCUCAGAACCGCUUCAAUUCGUUGGGGCAUGGACUCUACAAGGUUAUAGAAAGCGUUCCACAGGGAUGCUGGCCCAUGUUGAUGCCAAUGCUUCCCACAGUUGUGUGAAGUUGGCUGGAUGUCCUUUGGGUGGUGGACCACUCUUGAUACACACAGGAAACUGUUGAGUGUCAAAAACCCAACAGCGUUGCAAUUCUUGAUACACUCAAACCAGUGUGCCUGGCACCUACCACCAUACCCUGUUCAAAGGCACUUAAAUAUUUUACAUUUACAUCAUUUAGCAGACGCUCUUAUCCAGAGCGAAUUACAUUUAUUUUUUUUCAUACCCCCUGUGGGAAUCAAACCCACAACCCUGGCGUUGCAAACGCCAUGCUCUAUCAACUGAGCUACAUGCCUGCCGGCCAUUCCCUCCCCUACCCUGGACGACGCUGAGCCAAUUGCGCGCCGCCCCAUGGGUCUCCCGGUCACGGCCGGCUACGACAGAGCCUGGAUUCGAACCAGGAUCUCUAGUGGCACAGCUAGCACUGCGAUGCAGUGCCUUAGACCACUGCGCCACUCAGGAGACAUUUUUUUGUCUUGCCCAUUUACCCUCUGAACCCUCUGAAUCUAUGUCUCAAUUGUCUCAAGGCUUAAAAAUCCUUCUUUAACCAAUCUCCUCCCCUUCAUCUAAACUUAUUGAAGUAGAUUUAACAAGUGACAUCAAUAACAGCUCAUAGCUUUCAUCUGGAUUCACCUGGUCAGUCUAUGCAAUGGUAAUGUUUAGUACACUCAGUGUAUAAGCAUUCAAAGAAUGCAGGCAACCAAAUAUAAAGGCAACCAAUAUAGCUUAUGAGGAUCAAUAUUGCUGUAGGCUACCUCAAGUGAUAACCUCAAAUUGGCACUUCAAAUGAGGGAAAAUUGAAAUAGAUGUAAACAAAUAAUGUAGGCUUCAAAGUGCCCCAGAUGCAAAUGAUCUUAUUAUUCUAUGAAAAAGUUUUGCGUUUGUGAAAAAGAUUUAUGUUCAAAGUAGACCACAAUAGCCUAUAUCCUGUGUAGACUAUGUGGCAGUGCUUGUAUUACUCGCCAUCUAUCCCAAUGAUGUGUUGGUGAUUAAAAGGUGGUUUAAGCCCCUCGGCGACGAAAGACUGAAAUGUUCAGCUUGGGAGUUAAAACGGGGGAGUGUCACUUUUUUUAGGCGGCGACUUGUUGCCACUUUGCCUACCUCUAUUCUACUCGCAUCGUAGUCACUUGGAUCUGUUGCUAAUUGCAUUGGCGCUCACUUGGAUUCAGAUAAGGCGUUCAUCAAUGUGAGACGGAAUGGCAAACGAAACACCCAUGGAAUUAUCUGGAAAAUCGUAAUCAAUCCUGAGAAGAAACAUCCCCAAAUGGAACUUUGAUUCGUGCGUAAAACAGGAAACGCGCGUCCUCAAGUGAAGUAAUAUGCACCAGAUAGGUGAACGACGCAAUAACGAUUUGUUUACAUACUUUGGUGUCCUAACAUAAAAUGACGGAACAGGUGUUUAUAAGACUGUUGGUAUUUUUCGCAACUCUUGGCAACCUUGCAGGUAAGGCUUUUAUUUUGAAAUGAUACAUGUAAUGUACUGAUGGCAUAUGGUAAACAUAUAUGUUAAUGCAUUUAGAGUUGAUUUAAUUCUCACUAUUAUAAAGUUAAUUAUAAAAGUAGUUGUAGCCUAUAUUUCCACCCUAUUAUUUUUCAAUGGAUCGGUUAUUGUGGCCUGGUUUGUAAGGCCUAUUUGAAUGAAUGGAGCUCAUUCUCAAAAUAAGUUUCUCUCUCAACAACUGUUUACAAAUGGAGAUUCCAGUGGUAUCAGACACCAUUUGUUUAUUGAUAGGCUUAGCUUUUUAACGCCAGGCUUUAGCCAUAUAUGUGAUACAUAGCAAAUAGAGUUCUCUCCUUUUUGUGAUUUUUGUUUGUUUCCCCUGAUUGCUUCAAAUAGUUUUCCUACUUUUCAAUUGCACUUUGUUGUUCAGUAAAUAAUUAACAGUUGAUGUUAAUUGUUUGACACAAUACUAGGCUAUUGUUAUUCCAAUCUAUAUGGAAGUGACAAUUUAGAAAAUAGUAUUAGUCUACUCUAGAGGUUUUGAAAAGAAUAUGCAUAUUAUGCAAAUAUUAUAUUGAAUUGAAACUGCUUUUCAUUUUUCAAAAUAAUUUUAUGACUUAAGUGUGGGCUCUCCCUCAGGAAAUAGCUUUGUAUGAAACAAUCGAGACUUUGCAAGCCACUGACAAAAAUGUCUUAUCUCACAAUCAGGCGUAGACCAAUGGCUAGCCUAGUGUUGCAAAUUAUAUUUGCAAGAUUAGCUGAUUGUAACACAUCUGAAAUCCUAUCAAAAUGAUCCUGCCAGGCCUCCCGAGUGGCGCAGCGGUCUAAAGCACUGCAUCGUAGUGUUGCGGCAUCACUACUGUUCUAGUUGCGAUAUUUACAUUUUAAAUUUGUCAUUUAGCAGACGCUCUUAUCCAGAGCGACUUACAUUGAGUGCAUACAUUAUUUUUUAAAUGUUUCAUACCCCCCGUGGGAAUCGAACCCACAACCCUGGCAUUGCAAACGCCAUGCUCUACCAACUGAGCUACAUCCCUGCCGGCCAUUCCCUCCCCUACCCUGGACGACGCUGGGCCAAUUGUGCGCUGCCCCAUGGGUCUCCCGGUCGCGGCCGGCUACGACAGAGCCUGGAUAUCAAAAUCAACACAACUAUAUAUAGCCUACUACAGCUCAAUGGCCAAAGGCUGUGAUUUUUAUCCAAUAGUACAUAGCGCCAGUGUAAGCCUUAGCAUCAAUAGUGUCAUCCUCCCAAUUCCCUCCCAUUGGCCCAUGUGAUUGGCAUGUUUUGACAUUGCCACUCAAUAUGGGCAUUGUCGCCGGGGCAAUAAUAGCAGGGGUACAUUGCCACUGCCCCGCACUCAGUGCACAGGUUACAGGUUUCCCUUUGAGCCCUCUUGAUUGUGUUUGCGUGAAGGAACUUUUGUUCCAUCGUUUAGUGUGGGGGGGGGAAAUGGCCUUGCGACUGGUUUAGCUUCCUGUCCCAUACAGGAAGUACAGCAGAAUCCCCCCACUUCCUCCAACUUGGAGUCAUCCAAUACCACGGGCCGAACAAUGGAAUUCCAAUGCUGCUGGCCUAAGAAUAGGCAUUGUUUGUUGGUAGCCGGAGCCUAUGCUUGUUUGGGGUCGAUGUUUUUACUUGAGUGUGUGAGCUGACCCUGAACUAGGGACCACUCUCUGGGUGUGGUGUCUCUGUACUGUAAAAGCCCACUAUUACUGACUCUUAAGUAUACCCAUGCUCCACUUUGAAAAGGGGACAACACACUUCAGACUACUUCAGUCAGAGUUUGUUUGAGACCACUUUGGCCCAUGUUUUCCUCACUACAUCUCCAUCUGUUAUUAGCCUUUGAGUCAUAUUGUACUACAUUGUUGCUCUCCAACACAGUAAAACUUGUUUUUGAAGGUGGGAGUUGCUUAUGGCGUGAAAAGCAUUGGCGAGACUCCCAAAGGUGAUGCUUGUUGACAUAUGUAGCCUAGAAAACUGACCCAAGAUCAGAUUGUGCAGGGCCUCCCGCUACAUGAGUUAGGAAUGGAAGGUCAUCCAUGACUUGUGUUUAUUUGUGAUAUUAAUAGAAUGGGUGUAUGAAUCAGUGCAAGGGAUAUUAAUGCAAAGUUAACUCAUGAGAGAUACUUACAACAUGCACAAAAGUACUACAGUUAUGGGAAACCACAAUGACUUAAUCGUCUUGACCCCAUUCAUUGCUAAAUGAAUAGUAUGCAUAGUAAUAGUAAUAAACUAUUGUCAGAGCUUCUGUGAAUAAAUAGAUGCAAUAGCCUAUUUUGACAGAACCUGAGUUUCUCCAUCGCUCCUCCAUCCACUGUUCUUGUUCCCUUCAGGUUCCAGGCUGAGGGCGGAGGUGGUGGAGGUGCCCCCGCUGAUCGUCCACCACCCCUCAGACGUGGUGGUCAAGGUAGGCAGCCCCGCUACUUUCUCAUGCCGUGCCGACGGCACACCCGAGCCCUCCAUCGAGUGGCUCCGUAAUGGCCAGCCCCUGGAGAUGGACAAGCUGGACAGCCAAUCGCGGCCCAUCGUUCUGUCGGAGGGCAGCCUGUUCUUCCUCAGCGUGGUCCCUGGGAGGCGGAGUCAGUCACAUGAGGGUGUGUACGCGUGCGUGGCAAAGAACAGCGCAGGCAAGGCCACCAGCCGCAAUGCCUCUCUCUAUAUCGCAGGUAAGACUUUGGGGAAGUCUUUCAAACUAGAUGGAUCUAUCUUGUCAUACAAUACCUUCAGAAAGUAUUCACACCCCUUGACUUUUUCCACAUUUUGUGUUACAGCCUGAAUUUUACACACAAUACCCCAUCAUGUCAAAAUUUAAUUAUGUUUUUUGACAUGUUUACAAAUUAAUAAAACAUAAAAAGCUGAAAUGUCUUGAGUCAAUAAGUAUUCAACCCCUUUGUUAUAGCAAGCCUAAAUAAGUUCAGAUCGCAUAACAAGUCGCAUAAUAAGUUGCAUGGACUCACUCUGUGUGUAAUAAUAGUGUUUAACAUGAUUUUUGAAUGACUACCUCAUCUCUGUAACCCACACAUACAGUUAUCUGUAAGGUCCCUCAGUCGAGCAGUGAAUUUCAAACACAGAUUCAACCUCAAAGACCAUGGAGGUUUUCCAAUGUCUCGCAAAGAAGGGUACUUAUUGGUAGAUGGGUAAAAUAAAAAGCAGACAUUGAAUAUCCCUUAGAGCAUGGUGAAGUUAUUAAUUACACUUUGGAUGGUGUAUCAAUACACCCAGUCACUACAAAGAUACAGGCGUCCUUCCUAACUCAGUUGCCGGAGAGAAAGGAAAGCACACAUGUAUUUCACCAUGAGGCCAAUGGUGACUUUAAAACAGUUACAGAGUUUAAUGGCUGUGAUAGGAGAAAACUGAGGAUGGAUCAACAACAUUGUAGUUACUCCACAAUGCUAACCAAAUUGAGAGUGAAAUUGAAAAUAAAAAAUAUUCUAAAACAUGCAUCCUGUAUGCAAUAAGGCACUAAAGUAAAACUGCAAAAGACUUGGCAAAGAAAUGAACUUUAUGUUCUGAAUACGAAGCGUUAUGUUUGGGGCAAAUCCAACCCAUCACUGAGUACCACUCUUCAUAUUGUCAAGCAUGGUGGUGGUGGCUGCAUCAUGUUAUGGGUAUGCUUGUCAUCAGCAAGGACUAGGGAGUUUUUAGGAUAAAAAUAAACGGAAUAGAGCUAAGCACAGGCAAAAUCCUAGAGUAAAGCCUGGUUGCCUGCUUUCCAACAGACACUGGGAGACAAAUAUACAUUUCAGCAGGACAAUAACCUAAAACACAAGGCCAAAUAUACACUGAGUUGCUUACCAAGACAACAUUGAAUGUUCCUGAGUGACCUGGUUAGAGUUUUGACUUAAAUCGGCUUGAAAAUCUAUGGCAAAACUUGAAAAUGGCUGUCUAGCAAUGAUCAACAACCAACUUGACACAGCUUGAAGAAUUUUUAAAAGAACAAUGUGCAAAUAUUGUACAAUCCAGGGGCCUCAUUUAUCAAUCAUGCGUAGGCACAUCUGUGUAUAAACCAAGCAUGGAUCAUUUCCACCCAAAGUGUGUGAUUUAUCAAUAGGAAUGUUUGCUUGAGAGUGUUAGUAACUUUACGCACAGCCAUGACUAUGCACAGUGCCAAGUGGUGGAAUAAGGGAACUACUUGUCAAGCGUAGAAUGGGGAAAAUAUAUGUUGAACAUUUCAAAAAUUGAGAGUAGUAAUAAUUGUAUUUCCAUUGUGAAUUCAUGCAACAUAUCUUGACAGUCAUAAACUUGACCAUUUGUUACAAUAAUAAUCCUUAUAAAGUACAGUAAUUUGUUAAAUUAGAGGUACUUGUGUAAGUGAAACCAUUGUUGAAAUACUAUAAAAGACUGAGAUAAUGGGAAAUUGAAUGAGAGGCUGAUCUUGCUGUUUGAAGAUUUGGCACGCUGCAUUUUGUAGAGAGCGCAUUUAUAGAGACAGGUGGGAUUUUUUUGUUGUAGAAAGUACAGGUUGGCUCAUCAGAUAUAAUUUCCCAAAACCAAUCUUAAAUACAUUUUGCGAGGAUUUAAGACCUACUUUAAAAAGGCAAACGCAUGCCAUUCCGGUGCAAAUCCAAGUGCUAUCCACCCUCGGGUUUUUGGCAACAUCCACUUUUCAGCAGGAGCUUGCCAAUCGGUAUCUCACAGCCCUCAAUGAGCCAAUGUUUUGAAUGCAAUCAUCAGCAAAAUGAACUGUAACAUACAAUUUCCAUACACCAUCGCACAACAGGUUGAAGUCGAGAGGGGUUUCUUUGCCAACAAUGGGUUCCCAAAUACGAACGGAGCAAUAGACGGCACCCACAUCGUCAUAAAAGCACCAUCCUAAAACUAUUUAAUCUAUGUGAACAGAAAAGGCUUCCACUCUUAAUGUGCAUUUGAUAGGUUAUUUGGUGCACAAAAGACGCUGCUGAAUGUGGUGGCCAGGUGGUACGCACAACUCGUUUGUUCUGCAGAACAGCAAUGUUGGCCUAUACGCCUACAGGAGGGAGCUGUUGAGGAUGGAUGGCUUAUUGAUGAGUGUUGCCUACUCAUUUGAAAUAUAUUUGCCAUUGCUAAAGCAACUAAUUGUCUUAAUGGUCCUCUCUUUGUAGCUAUGUUUGAAUUUUUACUGGUCAAGCCACAACUGAGCGAGCCAAAUAUAACCUUUUGGUUGUACUCAAUCUCUGACACUAGCACCUUUAUUUCAUUAUUGGAAAAUGAUUUUUUUCUAAGCUUUUUUUGUUUACGACGUAUUUCAUGGUACGCCGUUGUAUAUUCCCCAUAGGCUUUAAAGGGAUUGAUUUAUGGUUAAUUAGGGACGUUUUGAAAUGCAAGUAGCCAAGGUCAUGCACGGCACUGAGGCUGAGAACAAUUGGUAUUUAUCAAUGGUGAUCUCCUACCGGUGUGCGUAUGACGCUCGUAGGAUUGUUUGAUAAAUUACAAUUUUUUCUAUGCGUACGAACAUUCUAAAUUCCUUUUAGUAAGUAGUAUUUUAUAAUAGUUUCUACACAAUAUUGUUAAAUGAGGCCCCAGGUGUGCAAAGCUCUUAGACUUAACCAGAAAAACUAAUCGUAAUUGCUGCUAAAGGUGAUUCUGACAUCUCAGGGGUGUGAAUACUUAUGUAAAUGAGACAUUUCUGUAUUUUGUUUUUAAUAAAUUGUCACAGAUAAUUGACCAUAUUUUCACUUUGUCAUUAUGGGGUAUUUGUACAGUUGAAGUCGGAAGUUUACAUAGACUUAGGUUGGAGUCAUUAAAACUCAUUUUUCAACCGAUCCACAAAUGUCUUGUUAACAAACUAUAGUUUUGACAAGACGGUUAGGAAAUUUUUUCAACAAUUGUUUACAGACAGAUUAUUUCACUUAUAAUUCACUGUAUCACAAUUCCAGUGGGUCAGAAGUUUACAUACACUAAAUUGGCUGUGCCUUUAAACAGAUUGGAAAAUUCCAGAAAAUGAUGUCAUGGCUUUAGAAGCUUAUGAUUGACAUCAUUUGAGUCAAUUGGAGGUGUACCUGUGGAUGUAUUUCAAGGCCUACCUUCAUACUCAGUGCCUCUUUGCUUGACAUCAUGGGAAAAUCAAAAGAAAUCAGCCAAGACCUCAGAAAAAAAAUGGUAGACCUCCACAAGUCUGGUUCAUCCUUGGGAGCAAUUUCCAAACGCCUGAAGGUACCACGUUCAUCUGUACAAACAAUAGAACGCAAGUAUAAACACCAUGGGACCACGCAGUCGUCAUACCGCUCAGGAAGGAGAUGCAUUCUGUCUCCUAGAGAUGAACGUACUUUGGUGUGAAAUGUGCAAAUCAAUCCCAGAACAACAGCAAAGGACCUUGUGAAGAUGAUGGAGGAAACAGGUACAAAAGUAUCUAUAUCCACAGUAAAACCAGUCCUAUAUCGACAUAACCUGAAAGGGGGCUCAGCAAGGAAGAAGCCACUGCACCAAAAUCACCAUAAAAAGCCAGACUACGGUUUGCAUCUGCACAUGGGGACAAAGAUCGUACUUUUUGGAGAAAUGUCCUCUGGUCUGAUGAAACAAAAAUAGAACUGUUUGGCCAUAAUGACCAUCGUUAUGUUUGGAGGAAAAACGGGGCUGCUUGCAAGCCGAAGAACACCAUCCCAACCGUGAAGCAUGGGGGUGGCAGCAUCAUGCUGUGGGGGUGCUUUGCUGCAGGAGGGACUGGUGCACUUCACAAAAUAGAUGGCAUCAUGAGGAAGGACAAUUAUGUGGAUAUAUUGAAGCAACAUCUCAAGACAUCAGUCAGGAAGUUAAAGCGGGGCGCAAAUGGGUCUUCCAAAUGGUCAAUGACCCCAAGCAUACUUCCAAAGUUGUAGCAAAAUGGCUUAAGGACAACAAAGUCAAGGUAUUGGAGUGGCCAUCACAAAGCUCUGACCUCAAUUCCUAUAGAAAAUGUGUGCGCAGAACUGAAAAAGCAUGUGCGAGCAAGGAGGCCUACAAACCUGACUUAGUUACACAAGCUCUGUCAGGAGGAAUGGGCCAAAAUUCACCCAACUUAUUGUGGGAAACUUGUGGAAGGCUACCCGAAACGUUUGACCCAAGUUAAAUAAUUUAAAGGCAAUGCUACCAAAUACUAAUUGAGUGUAUGUAAACUUCUGACCCACUGGGAAUGUGAUGAAAGAAAUAAAAGCUUAAAUAAAUAAUUCUCUCUACUAUUAUUCUGACAUUUCACAUUUUUAAAAUAAAGUGGUGAUCCUAAAUGUCCUAAAACAGGGAAUUUCUACUGGGAUUAAAUGUCAGGAAUUGUGAAAAACUGAGUUUAAAUGUAUUUGGCUAAGGUGUAUGUAAACUUCCAACUUCAACUGUAUGUAGAUGGGAUGUACACAACAAAAUGUGGUCAAGGGGAAUGAAUCAAGGUGUAUGAAGGCACUGUAAAUGCCAAGAUACCAUGCAAAAGUAAUUGCACACUAGGAUGAAGAGAGGUACCAUCACGCUGUUAUAGAUCAUGUGAGUGAAGAGACUAUGUAUCUGUCUCCGCAGUGUGCAGUAACUAAUCAACCACGCAAAAUAUUGAUUAGCUGAAUCAUGUGUGCUUAUACUGAGAUGGAACCAAAGCCACACAAGGCUGCUUUCCAGGACAAGGACUGUGGAACCCUAUGCCAGAUGGAUGUGAAAAUGUGGCCUUAGAAUAAAUUCUGUUGUCUUAGUUGUAUGGCUCUCUGUGGCUCCUACAUUCUGUCCCAUUCACUUCCUCUCUACCUCCAUGCUGAUCUUUAACGUGAUAUCAAGCUCAUAUAUACGAUCCUUGAGGUCAACAGGAAGCCCCCAGUAUCCACAGACCCACAGAAUCCUGCUCCAGAGAGAGAGAGAGAUUGUCUGUGUGAUUACUGAGAAUAAGUAAAGGGGGUCCAAUGUCAAUGUUUACUCCCUCUCCAGGACAAACACUCUGCUAAAUGACCCCUGACCCCCAGCCUCUGUUUGCACCCAAAACAGGGUCACCCAGAGACCGCUGGAUUCCUGAGCUGGAUGGUAUAAUUAGUGGCUGAUUGACUUGUUGGGGGAACUUCCCUGGAGCAGCACAUUUGGUGGUGGAGGUAUAGAGACAUUGGGACAAUAGACAGUGGUACUUAAUUUAGAUUCAGUUGGCAGAUCGACAGUACUUUAGAGAACAGUAGCAGAUCGAUUGUGGUAUAUUUAGCAUUUAACCUUUAUUUAUCCAGGUUAGUGUCAUUAAGAUAAUCGUGCAAUCGUGACCUUUGUCAGUAUAGUUGAACUGGUUAGGAAAAGUAGCCUAUACAGCAGUGAACUGUGCAUCACUGUUAAUUCAAGAGUUGGGCUAAGUUCUCUUUCAUUUCCAGUUCAAGAAUAGCCUUAUCUACAUUUUAAAGAACUCCAGCUUUGGAUCAUUCCUUACUAUUUUGCUAAACAAAAGAUUGGAGAUAUUCUACUAGUACUUUAUGGCACCAUACGUGUGCCAAAAUACUUUUUGUCUCAUGAUUCCAUGUGGUGUCGCAAUGGAACACCUAUGUUAUGACAUCAGUGAAGAUUUAAACAGGCAUCAUAAACAUAAGGCCAUUGUCUCUGUCCUUUUGGAUAUAAUGGGAGGAAGCUCCUUAGACCUUCAACUAUGUAUUCCGUGUACAGAACAUCUGGAUAUUUGGAGCUGUGUGAUGUAUGGUAAUGGUUUUGUAAAAAAUAAUAAUUCGAUGAGGUUAUUGUAAGCCUUGCUUGUUUUCGGUGGUCAAAACUCUCAUUUGUGGGAAGCCAAUUCAAGCAGGCAGUGAUGUGUGUUGUGCUGGGCACGUUUCCCAGGCAAUGUUUAUGAACUACAGGCUUGUAGACUAACUUUGACGUUUUCGUGCAAUGUGCUGUUAUGGCAUUGUGCACUAGCUAGUCUCAGACCCACUGCUUAUGAAUGGACCUCCUCUGUGGUGUGUUCUUCCAGCUCUGCGUGAGGAAUUCCGGGUGCAGCCCAGUGACGUGGAGGUGGCUGUUGGGGAGGUGGCGGUGAUAAACUGCAGCCCGCCGGUGGGACACCCCGAGCCCAACGUCACCUGGAGGAAAGACGGGGUCCCUAUCAACGACACCGACCCGCAUUACACUGUGAGACCUCCUUUAAACAUAGUUACAUGCUUUUUAGGGGGUUGUAUUGUUUGGAAAUGGGAAAUUAACAGUGGGAAAGUUGUCAGUCUGUGCAUUUCAGUGCAGGAGAUGUAUUUUCAAAACAUGUAGCUUUUUCCAUAUUUUAAUGAAUCUAUCGAACUUUUGUUAAUUUCCCGAGGUGGCAGGAGCUGAAAUGUAUUCCACACCAACCUGGGGGGGUUCAUCAUACUGUUUUGUUUGAUUACUUAUUUCUCAAAUCCUGAUGUGGUAUCAUCAUUUUACCAAUAGAGGGCAUUGUUGUACAAAAGUUUGAUUAAAACCACAGGCCGCUUCAUUCAUUUUCGUGCUUCAUUAAUAAAAGAGGACCCUAUCACCUUCGACUAAAAAUUAAAACAAAAUCAUAAUUUAUCCUCUGCAAUGGCAAAUUCAGUAGCAUUGUGGUUAGUGUCUCUGCUUGGCACUCAGCAUUAUGGAGAUAGAUUGGGGGUAAGGCCCUGCGAUAGACUAGUGUCCUGUCCUGGGGGUGUACUUGUACAUCAAGCUGUUCACUCUACAGAAACAGGAGAUAGCCAAGGCUCGUGCAAGGCUAUUUAUCCUCUGCAAUAAACCUUUUUUAACUAUAUGUGAUUGAUACCCAUGUGACCUAUAGGCACUGAAUGGGAAGUUGAUCAUUGCCCCAGCCCAGAAGAAUGACUCUGGCGUGUACAUCUGUGUGGCUUCCAACACUGUGGGUGUAAGAGAGAGCAGGGCCGCCCGCCUGUCUGUCCUAGGUAAGAUAAACCCUGACCCCAUGUACAGUACAUCACCAUUUUAGAAAUAACCUUUUCACACUACUUAACAAAGAGCUGCAGUUAUUUUCAGAAUGGGUGGCAAGGAAUAAGUUAGUUUUAAAUAUUUAAAAAACUAAAAGCAUUGUAUUUGGGACAAAUCAUUCACUAAACACUAAACCUCAACUAAAUAUUGUAAUGAAUGAUGUGGACAUUGAGCAAGUUGAGGUGAUUAAACUGCUUGGAGUAACACUGGAUUGUAAACUGUCAUGGUCAAAACAUAUUGAUACAACCUUAGCUAAGAUGGGGAGAAGUCUGUCCAUAAUAAAGCGCUGCUCUGCCUUCUUAACAACACUAUCAACAAGCUAGGUCUUACAGGCCCUAGUUUUGUUGCACCUGGACUACUGUUCAGUCGUGUGGUCAGGUGCCACAAAGAGGGACUUAGGAAAAUUACAAUUGGCUCUGAACAGGGCAGCACGGCUGGCCCUUAAAUGUACACGGGGAGCUAACAUGAAUGAUAUGCAUGUCAAUCUCUCAUGGCUCAAAGUAGAGGAGAGAUUGACUUAAUCUCUACUUGUUUUUGUAAGAAGUGUUGACAAGCUGAAUGCACCGAGCUGUCUGUUUAAACUACUAGCACGGACACCCAUGCAUACCCCACAAGACAUGCCACCAGAGGUCUCUUCACAAUCCCCAAAUCCAGAACAGACUAUGGGAGGCGCACAGUACUACAUAGAGCCAUGACUACAUGGAACUCUAUUCCACAUCAGGUAACUGAUGCAAGCAGUAGAAUCAGAUUAUUAUUAUUAUUUUUUGACAUAUUAUGGAACAGCUGGGACUGUGAAGAGACACAUACACACACAUAGGUACAGACACACGCAUACACACACAGGCGCUAGCACACGCACUCUACACACACGUACAUUGUAAUAUUGUUGUAUGGUGGUAUUAUACAUUUUGUAUUGUAGAUAUGUAGUGGUGUAAUAAUGUUAUAUGAUUAACUGUCUUAUCUUUUAAUGUAAUGUAAGUGCCUUAAUGUGUUUGGACCUCAGGAAGAGUAGCUGCUGCCUUGGCAGCAGCUAAUGGGGAUCCCUAAUAAAUACAAAUACUACUGCUCCAAGCUGUACUGUGCUGGCCUGAUUAUGCAUCCACCAUAGUUGCUGGAAAUGACAAUGUGAAAAGAACUGAGUCAGCACAGUACAGUUUGGGACUGCACAACAGUGUGAAAAAGGUAUGUCAUGCUGCAAAGAAUGUUUGCUAUUGAUAAAAGGGAUAACAUGGAAUUGAAUGCAUAGAGGUAUGAUAUGACUAACCAUACUUUUCGUAUUUGCCCAUGCUUUCUCAAUCCCCAGCCAAGCCAGUGUUGGUGCUAAAGCCUCAGGAUGUGUCGGUGGGGAUGGGGGAGUCUGCCCAGUUCAACUGUGAGGCUAAAGGAGAUCCCAUGCCUGCUGUCGAGUGGAGCCGCGAGCAGGGCCUUCUGCCCAAUGGCAGGUCUGAUUCUUGAUUCAACUAAAAAAGCUUUGUCCAUUAACUGUACAUUAGACUAAAAACUGUCAUUGACAUGAGGUGCAUAUCUUGACAUCAGCUGCAUAUGUAACAUUAAAAAACAAUUACAAAAGACAUGGAAAAUGUAUUAAAAAUGGGUUUUGGAUGAAUUUGCAACGUCUGAGAUCGUGCUUUUGAAAAUAAUUUGGUAUAGUAAUCUUCAACCAUAUUUUUACUGUGACUAUCUCUCAGCUUAGCUACUGCACAGUACAUAUGUAAUGAAAUGCAAUACUUAGUAUACUGUUCAAUAAUAUGUAAUUAUUUGAUUUCUAAUAAUUUCAUGCAGUUGCUAUAGUGAAUGUUGUGCUGAUUUCUGUGUCAUGUCUGUAGGUAUCUAGUGAAUCCUGACCAGAGCCUCCAAAUCCACUAUGUGACAUCACUGGAUUCUGGGAGGUACACCUGCACAGCUGUCAACGACGUGGGGGUAGUCACUGCUAGUGCACAGCUACAGGUGGAGGGUAAGAGUGCUUAGCUUGGGCCUUCACCGCUACAUUUAUGUGUUGUGUAUUGGUUGAAUAUGUAAUGUACAGUGUUUAUGUUGUAUACAGCAGGACUGUGUGUCUAAGACAAUUUCGCCUCAGUGAAAUUACAGUUUAUCCUAUCCUACCCUAUUUCCUUACAGCUAAAUAUAAUAGAAUAUAUUUAUUUAUCCUAAGGGAACAGAAAUAUACAGCAAAGACCAUAUUAUUCACAAUACUUUUUUAUGAUGUCCGUGAGAUGGCGGCGGAAAUGAGUGUUGUUCUAAAGGAAAACAUUUUUAGGAUCACUAUGGAACUUUAUAUGGAGUUUAGUUUGUGUCCAUUUCAGUGCCAGUAGGGAACUUCCAUUCACAGAAAAGUGUACAAUAUUAUUUUCUAUGACGAUUUUUCUCCCUCCUUCACAGAAGCCGCAAGUACCAGACAGAGGGACCUUCACAGAGAGUUGUCGGUCCUGCGUGUGGCUCUGGAGAAUGUGACGUUGCUGACUCCAAACUCCAACAUGUCCCAAGUGCAGUGGAAGGUACGGAGAUCAGACGUCACAUGGAGGCGCAUCUAUUAUUAUGAAAACUGUUAGUUAUUAACCUUUUGCUGAACUAAGAUUGAGGUCUGCCAUUUUUCAUGUUUGUUCAGAACAUUAUUUUCAUGUCACAGAGAACGUUCAAAUAAUGCGGAUUUAAGGUUGUCUUUUUUGAGUUUCUACUCUCCAGAAAUUCAUAUCUUAUAACUGUGGCUUUCCUCUUGUUUUGUUCCUUUCAGCUCCAGUCUUUCCCAACCCAGCCUCACUACCUGGAUGGUUUCGAGGUCCUCUACCGCUCUCUCCUGCCUGCCAUUUCGGACUGGGCUGCUAAGAGGGUUGUACUACCCAACUUCCAAACACUGGUCGGCCCGCUCAAGAGGGGCUACAAGUAUGAGUUCAAAGUGCGUCCCUAUGGCAGCAGCCUGUACGGCCGGGAGAGCAAUACCAGGUGUCUAGGUGUACCUGAGACAGGUAAGGGUUCAUAACGGUUAGAGUUGGCUGUUUGUUAUCAACUCUAAAGACACAUUUAUUAAAAUAUAGGUGUUUCUUUGGAGACUGUAGCUCAGGAGUAGUCCAACUUUAUAGUGCUAUUUUGCGCUAAGAAGAUAUGUUUUGAAUCAAGAUGGGUCGUGUGUGUGUGGUUUUUACACAUGUAUUGUUAUUUUCAUGACAUCUUCCCACAGUGCCUAGUGCCCCACCUCAGGCCAUCUCCAUAACGAUGACCCCUGACCACAAUGACACGGUCCAUGUGACCUGGAAGCCUCCCCCCCAUGAAGCUCACAACGGCAUCAUCCAGGGAUACCAGGUAAGAAGAAGAUGGCAAAAAAAAACGUUUACCUUCUUGUAUCUGUGCUUGAAAAAGUUACUCCAGCACACUGGCAUUCUUGUAUGCUCCACAAUGUGUUUUAUGAAAUGUUUGAGAGAAUGCAAGAAAUUCCAGUGUGAGUUUUUUUCUGUAUGUUCAGUACCUGACAUAAUAAAUUCACAUUCACACAUUCUAAUGAGAUAUUGUAUUAACAGGGCGUCCGUCCUAUGCAACCCUGGCCUGCAGGCUUUUGUUCAAGUGCAAGACACCUGAUUCAACUAAUCUGUCUUGAUAGAAGUGGUUGAACUUCUUGAAGAAGACCAUGAUACGUUUAAUCAAAGGUGUGCUGAACUGGAACAAAAGCCAGCUCUCUAGGACCAGAGUUGCCUAUUACUCCUGCUGAAGCAAUUACCUGUAAACAAACACACACACACAAACUGUAAUGCUUCCCUGGUUCCUUCUUUGAGCUCUGGGUGUGUGUCCGUGUGACCUAUCCAGGUGUGGUGUGUGCAGUCGGAAGAGCAGCAGUACCUGAACUGGACAGUGGACAGUGGGACCCACAGUCUGGAAAUAACCCCUCUGUACCCAGGGAAACAGUACUGGGUCCGGGUGGCAACGGUCAACGGAGCUGGCGUCGGUGUGCAGAGUGACCCCCAUAGAGUGGUCAUAGGUCAGUGACAACAUGCAACGGCUAUCUAUAUGGUCAACAGAACACCACAAGGUUAUGAAACCUUACAUAAAACAAUACUUCUAUAGUAGCUUAGUGCAAUUUGCAGUCCAGUUAAUGCAAAGCAUCAAUAUGGUUUGAAAGGUUUGAAGGUGAAGAUGUGUAGCCACAUGCAGGCCCAUUCUGAUCUUUUGCUCCAUUAUUGGCAAAAGAUCUGAUCUAAUUGGUUAAAGGCCCAGUGCUGUCAGUUUAUUAGGUACACCACCCCAUUCACGAAGAUAGUUAGCUCCUACAGACGGUGAGUCACAGGGCCGUGACUUGCUAUAUAAAGCAGGCAGACGGGCAUCGAGGCAUUCAGUUACUGUUCGAUUGAACGUUAGAAUGGGCAAAACGAGUGACCUAAGCGACUCUGAGUGUGGUAUGAUCGUCGGUGCCAGGUGCGCCAGUUCCAGUAUCUUAGAAAUGGCCGGCCUCCUGGGUUUUUUACGCACAACAGUGUGUAGGGUUUACUGAGAAUGGUGCAACAAACAAAAGACAUCCAGUCAUCGGAGUCCUGUGGGCAAAAACAGCUAGUUGAUGAGAGGUCGAAGGAGAAUGGCAAGAAUCGUUCAAGCUAACAGGCGGGCCACAAACAGACAAAUAACGACUCAGUACAGUGGUGUGCAGAACGGCAGGUGUCCACAUACUUUUGGUCAUGUAGCGCUACAUGACCAGAAGUAUGUGGACACCUGUUUGUCCAACAUCUCAUUCCAAAGUCAUGGGCAUUAAUAUGGAGUUGGUCCCCCUUUGCUGCUAUAACAGCCUCCACUCUUCUGGGAAGGCUUACCACUCCAGCUGACACUUGGUAUUGCGCAUGGUGAUCUUAGGCUUGUGUGUGGCUGCUCGGCCAUGGAAACCCAUUUCAUGAAGCUCCUGACAAACAGUUCUUGCUUCCAGGGGCAGUUUGGAACACUGUAGUCAGUGUUGCAACCGAGGACAGACAAGUUUUACGCGCUACACGCAUCAGCACUCUGUGGUCCCCUUCUGUGAGCUGGUGUGGCCUACCACUUCAUGGCUGAGCCGUUGUUGCUCCUAGACGUUUCCACUUCACAAUAACAGCACUUACAGUUGACCGGGGCAGCUAUAGCAGAGCAGAAAUUUGACGAACUGACUUGUUGGAAAGGUGGCAUCCUAUGACGGUGCCACGUUGAAUGUCACUGAGCUCUUCAGUAAGGCCAUUUUACUGCCAAUGUUUGUCUAUGGAGAUUGCAUGUCUGUGUGCUCGAUUUUAUACACCUGUCAGCAACAGUUGUGGCUGAAAUAGCCAAAUCCACAUACUUUUGUAUAUAUAGUGUACAUUUCUACGCUAUGAGGUUGGAAUAAUACUGUGAAAAUGAUGAUAAUGCCCUUUUAGUGUAAGAGUUGUUUGAAAAGACCGCCUGAAAUGUCAACCUGUUUUGGUGGGAUGGAGUUUUGGCCUGCCUGGUGACAUCAACAUUACAUUUACAUUUUACAUUUUAGUCAUUUAGCAGACGCUCUUAUCCAGAGCGACUUACAGUUAGUGAAUACAUAUAUAUAUAUAUAUAUAUAUUUUUUAUACUGGCCCCCCGUGGGAAUCGAACCCACAACCCUGGCGUUGCAAACGCCAUGCUCUAUCAACUGAGCUACAUCCCUGCCGGCCAUUCCCUCCCCUACCCUGGACGACGCUGGGCCAAUUGUGCGCCGCCCAUGAGUCUCCCGGUCGCGGCCGGCUGCGACAGAGCCUGGAUUCGAACCAGGAUCUAGUGGCACAGUUAGCACUGCGAUGCAGUGCCUUAGACCACUGCGCCACUCAGGAGUAUAUCAUCAUCCCUCAGUAACUUCAAGGGAAGACUGGGGGUCAGUCUGAUUUAACCAAACUACUCAGUAAUCUCCUCCAUAUAGCCUAACUCUCACACACUCACAUGCACACACACAUUUAAACAAAACAAAUAAAUAAAUAAAUUCUCGUGAUUACUGAUCAAUUCAUUUCUACAUUUAUAAUUAGUAGGUUUAACCAACCUUUUUUAUUUUUGUACUUACAGUGCCUUCGGAAAGUAUUCAGACCCCUUCCCUUUUUCCACAUUUUGUUACGUUACAUCCUUAUCAAUCAAUCUACACACAAUACCCCAUAAUGCCAAAGCAAAAACAGGUUUUUAUAAAUUUUGCUAAUUUUUUACAAAUAAAAAACAGAAAUACCUUAUUUACAUAAGUAUUCAGACCCUUUCCUAUGAGACUCGAAAUUGAGCUUAGGUGCAUCCUGUUUCCAUUGAUCAUCCUUGAGAUGUUUCUACAACUUGAUUGGAGUCCACCUGUGGAAAAUUCAAUUGAUUGGACAUGAUUUGGAAAGGCACACAACUGUCUAUAUAAGGUCCCACAGUUGACAGUGCAUGUCAGAGCAAAAACCAAGCCAUGAGGUCGAAGGAAUUGUCCGUAGAGCUCCAAGACAGGAUUGUGUCGAGGCACAGAUCUGGGGAAGGGUACCAAAAAAUGUCUGCAGCAUUGAAGGUCCCCAAGAACACAGUGGCCUCCAUCAUUCUUAAAUGGAAGAAGUUUGGAACCACCAAGACUCUUCUUAGAGCUGGCCGCCCAGCCAAACUGAGCAAUCGGGGGAGAAGGGCCUUUGUCAGGGAGGUGACCAAGAACCCGAUGGUCACUCUGACAGAGCUCCAGAGUUCCUCUGUGGAGAUGGGAGAACCUUCCAGAAGGACAACCAUCUCUGCAGCACUCCACCAAUCAGGCCUUUAUGGUAGAGUGGCCAGACGGAAGCCACUUCUCAGUAAAAGGCACAUGACAGCCCACUUGGAGUUUGCCAAAAGGCACCUAAAGGACUCUCAGACCAUGAGAAACAAGAUUCUCUGGUCUGAUGAAACCAAGAUUGAACUCUUUGCCCUGAAUGUCAAGCGUCACUUCUGGAGGAAACCUGGCACCAUCCCUACGGUGAAGCAUGGUGGUGACAGCAUCAUGCUGUGGGGAUGUCUUUCACCUGCAGUUUCUGGGAGACUAGUCAGGAUCAAGGGAAAGAUCAACGGAGCAAACUAUAGAGAUAUCCUUGAUGAAAACCUGCUCCAGAGCGCUCAGGACCUCAGACUGGGGGCGAAGGUUCACCUUCCAACAGGACAACGACCCUAAGUACACAGCCAAGAUAACGUAGGAGUGGCUUCGGGACAAGUUUCUGAAUGUCCUUGAGUGGCCCAGCCAGAGCCCGUACUUGAACCCGAUCGAACAUCUCUGGAGAGACCUGAAAAUAGCUGUGCAGCGACGCUCCCCAUCCAACCUGACAGAGCUUGAGAGGAUCUGCAGAGAAGAAUGGGAGAAAAGUACAGGUGUGCCAAGCUUGUAGCGUCAUACCCAAGAAGACUCAAGGUUGUGAUCGCUGCCAAAGGUGCAAAGCUGUCAUCAAAGCAAAAGGUGGCUACUUUGAACACUUUUUUGGUUACUACAUGAUUCCAUAUGUGUUAUUUCAUAGUUUUGAUGUCUUCACUAUUAUUCUACAAUGUAAGAAAUAAUAAAAAUAAAGAAAAACCCGGGAAUGAGUAGGUGUUCUAAAACUUUUGACCAGUAGAGUGUGUGUGUGUGUGUGUGUGUGUGUGUGUGUGUGUGUGUGUGUGUGUGUAUACACACACACACACGCGCGCACACAGAGUGCACAAAACAUUAGGAACACCUGCUUUUUCCAUGACAUAGACUGACCAGGUGAAUACAGGUGAAAGCUAUGAUCCCUUAUUGAUGUCACCUGUUAAAUCCACUUCAAUCAGUGUAGAUGAAGGGGAGAAGAUGGGUUAAAUAAGGAGUUUUAAGCCUUGAGACAUGGAUUGUGUAUGUGUGCCAUGCAGAGGGUGAAUGGGCAAGACAAAAGAUUUAAGUGCCUUUGAAUGGGGUAUGGUAGUUGGUGGCAGGCGCACCAUUUUCAGUGUGUCAAGAACUGCAACGCUGUUUUUCUCAACAGUUUCCCGUGUGUAUCAAGAAUGGUCCACCACCCAAAGGACAUUCAGCCAACUUGACACAACUGUGGGAAGCAUUGGAGUCAACAUGGGCCAGCAUCCCUGUGGAAUGCUUUCAACACCUUGUAGAGUCCAUGCCCGGACGAAUUGAGGGCAAAAGGGGGUGCAACUGAAUAUUAGGAAGGUGUUCCUAAUGUUUUGUACACUCUGUAUAUAUACCAACAUUGAUCAUCAAGUGUUUCUCUCUAUCAUGUUCUGGCUUUGCAUUAUUAAAUCUCUCUCUCUCUCUCUCUCUCUCUCUCUCUCUCUCUCUCUCUCUCUCUCUCUCUCUCUCUCUCUCUCCUCUCUCUCUCUCUCUCUCUCUCUCUCUCUCUCUCUCUCUCUCUCUCUCUCUCUCUCUCUGUCUCUCUCACUCACUCACUCACUCACUGUGUUUUAAUUUGUCUGUCUUGUUUUUGUCUUUCCCGUCCCUCUCUAUUCCAGACUCUCAGAGGUCCGGAGCCCCCCAGUCGGACAGCCCCAGUCGGGUCCUCAAUCAGGUCCUGGCCGUGCUGAGGGGCCAGGUGUUCAUUGGGACCGUUGGCGCCCUCCUGUGGUGCAUCCUGGUGGUGACGGCCGUCUGCCUGUAUCGCCGCCACACCCGGCCUGGCGACCACCUGGGACAAUGCCAUAUCAAGGCUAAAGGUCUGUCUGGGCAGGAAGUGGGGGCUAGCUUAUAUGUUGUAUCUUUAGCAUAGUAUUAGCUUGGCAUAGGAUAUUUGGAGCAUGGAUAUGUCAUGCUACGCUAAUCCACUGUGCCAUUAUGGGUACAUAAUUACCGUUAGCAACUAAUCAGGUUUUUUAUUUAACUAAAACGAGAGGUUCUGGCUAUUUGAUGUGUAACUAGAGGUUUCACCCUCAUAGGGUUGUAUUGUAGCGGGCAUGCUGUUAAUUCCAUAUGUUGAUUUGGACUCUUCAUUCAAGGUCAAAUGCUAUAUGAUAAAUUAUAUCAAGGACUCUUUAGCAUUGUAGUGUUGAAUGACCGAAUUAACAUGACCAUCUCCAGUGUUCCUGUAUAAGGUGUGUUCCCUCAUUGGGAAAUCAACAAGACUAUAAAAUGACUAUGACUCUGGGUUUUGCAGGUUUGUACAGGUUGGCCAGUGAGGACCUCAUCAUAAAACACAGGUAGGUGGAAGACAAACAGUGUGGCUCAUUGACAAUGUCACUACCUUUUUGUUUUGUUAAACACAGAAUGGACAAAACAUUAGGAACACUCUUUCCCUGACAUAGACUGACCAGGUGAAUCCAUGUGAAAGCUAUAUAUCCCUUAUUGAUGUCACUUGUUAAAUCCACUUCAAUCAUUGUAGAUGAAGGGGAGGAGACAGGUUAAAUCAGGAUUAUUUAAGCCUUGAGACAAUUGAGACAUGGAUUGUGUUUGUGUGCCAUUCAGAGGGUGAAUGGGCAAGACAAAGAUUUAAGUGCCUUUGAGCGGGGUAUGGUAGCAGGUGCCAGGCGCAGCUGUUUGAGUGUGUCAAGAACUGCAACACUGCUGGGUUUUUUACGCUCAACAGUUUCCUGUGUAUCAAGAAUGGUCCACCACCCAAAGGACAUCCAGACAACUUGACAACUGUGGGAAGCAUUGGCGUCAACAUGGGCCAGCAUCCCUGUGGAACGCUUUUGACACCUUGUAGAGCCCAUGCCUCAACAAAUUGAGGCUGUUCUGAGGGCAAAAAGGGGUGCAACUCAAUAUUAGGAAGGUAUUCCUAAUGUUUUGUACACUCGGUGUAUGCUCAUGUGUAAUAUGAUCUGAUCCACUGUAUGUGUCUCCUAGUUUUACCAUUUUAACCAUACCCAUUACAUGAGAUUGAUUGAUUGACUGACUGGCUGGGCUCCCUGCCUGUGCCAUUAAACCCCUACAACUCAUCCAGAACGCUGCAGCCCGUCUGGUGUUCAACCUUCCCAAGUUCUCUCACGUCACCCCGCUCCUCCGCACACUCCACUGGCUUCCAGUUGAAGCUCGCAUCUGUGGUCCUCUGUAGCUCAGCUGGUAGAGCACGGCGCUUGUAACGCCAAGGUAGUGGGUUCGAUCCCCGGGACCACCCAUACACAAAAAAUGUAUGCACGCAUGACUGUAAGUCGCUUUGGAUAAAAGCGUCUGCUAAAUGGCAUAUUAUUAUUAUUAUUAUCUGCUACAAGACAAUGGUGCUUGCCUACGGAGCUGUGAGGGGAACGGCACAUCCGUACCUUCAGGCUCUGAUCAGUCCAUACACCCAAACAAGGGCAUUGCGUUCAUCCACCUCUGGCCUGCUGGCCCCCCUACCUCUGCGGAAGCACAGUUCCCGCUCAGCCCAGUCAAAACAGUUCGCUGCUCUGGCACCCCAAUGGUGGAACAAGCUCCCUCACGACGCCAGGACAGCGGAGUCACUCACCACCUUCCGGAGACACUUGAAACCCCACCUCUUUAAGGAAUACCUGGGAUAGGAUAAAGUAAUCCUUCUACCCCCCCUUACCCCACCCCCAAAAAAAUAUAUAAUAAUAAUAAUAAUAAUAAUAAUAAUAAUAAUUGUAAAGUGGUUGUCCCACUGGCUAUCAUAAGGUGAAUGCACCAAUUUGUAAGUCGCUCUGGAUAAGAGUGUCUGCUAAAUGACGAAAAUGUAAAAUGUAAUGGCUGACUGACUGACUGUGAUUGAUUGAUUGAUCUGUGUCUCUGCAGAAUGGCAGCCCCAGACUCUCCGUGGAUCUCGGGUGUGUGGAGACCGGCCCAGAGUGACGAGAAGUACCAGGGACUGUGGGCUCAGAGCCAGGAGAACCCCGGCUUCAGGAAGACCAGUGAGUUCUGCUUUAAAGCUAGCCUAAAAUCAGUUCCUCCUACCGCAGUUCUUACUGUGACCAGUAUGAGCUGGAUAACAAAGACUGGUCCUGGACCAGUUGAUAAUGCAACUCAAUAGCUCUGGUGGCUAACAUUGCUUUUUAGGUCUGAGGCUAUUCAUCAUGGAAGCAACUACGUCUGCUAUUCAUCAUGGAAGCUCAGUACCUCUGCUACGUAAACAAUACACUUGAUCCAUUCUGCCUCAGAAUUUCUCCAAUCUUAGAUCGAUAGAUAUAAUUUAUUUGACAACUUAAAAAUACAAUUCCAGCCUCACAAGUGGAUGCAUAGCAUUUAACAUUCACACAAGUGGAAACAAGCAUUUUAAAAUCCACACAAGUGGAUGCACAACAUUUAACAUCAUCAUGUGGAACAAAUAGUGGUCCUCUUCUUAUUCCCAGUGUUGCCCAUCACAGCCAAGAAGGACCCCGGCUCUCUGGACGCGGCUGUCCCCAUUGUGCCCGACAACUGCGGUGUCUACGGGGCGUUUUACGUGGACCUGAUGGGUAACAGCCUCAAGACCUUCAACAGCCCUGCCCGAUGCCCCAAGCGGCCCCACUGCCACACCUCCUCCUCCUCGCAGCACGGCGCAGAGACGGUGCGCAUCUCCCAGCCCACCACAGUUGUCAAGACCACGCUGGUCCAGGAUGGCCAGGCAUUGCCAUGGAAACAGGCCUUGCCCUCGCAGCCCAAGAUGGGCGUGCUCAAGGAGUCGUGGGAAAAUAAUUACAAGCGAGGUGAUUGUCAAUAUGGUGUCCUCCUUGCAUGGUUUUGAUGUCCUUGCUAUUGGUGAACGUUGAUCUGUAGUUACUUUUGAGUCACAGACAUUGUCUCCUUUCCCAGAUUGCCAUGCGGUGAGCAGCGCCCCCUUGGUGUCGUCCAGGAGCCAGGCGCUGGCUGUGAGGGGAGUGCCUUACGAACAGAGGCUCAGCCACCUCACACCAGGUACUGUACUGUACUGUCAUCUUAUACCACUCAGACCAUGAAGGAUUUUAAUGCUCAGGAACAAUUAACCAGCGCAUUCACUGCCCCCCAGGGUGUUUAGGGCGGCAGGUAGCUUAGUGUAUAAGAGCGUUGUGCCAGUAACCGAAAGGUCUCUGGUUCUAAUCCCCGAGCCGACUAGGUGAAAAAUCUGUCGAUGUCCCCUUGAGCAAGGUACUUAAUCCUAAUUGCUCCUGUAAGUCGCUCUGGAUAAGACCGUCUGCUAAAUGACUAAAAAUGUAAAUGUAAAAAUGUUUACCUUUUUGUUCUACCCCUUAUUGAUCUAAUCAAGGGCUUCGUGAUUAGUUAUCUUAAAUAUGGUGUGUUAGUGCUGGGCUAGAACAAAUAUGUGCACCCCUGGGGGUUUCCCCAGGAAUGGAUGGUAUAGACAGUGGUGGAAAAAGUACCCAAUUGUCAUACUUAAGUAAAAGUAAAGAUACCUUAAUAGAAAAUGACUCAAGUAAAAGUGAAAGUCACCCAGUAAAAUCGUACUUGAGUAAAAGUCUAAAAGUAUUUGGUUUUAAAUAUACUUAAGUAUCAAAAGUAAAUGUAAUUGCUAAAAUAUACUUAAGUUUAAAAAGUAAAAGUAUAAAUAAUUUCAAAUUCCUUAUAUUAAGCAAACCAGACUGCACCAUUUUCUUGUUUUUUAAAUUUACGGAUAGCCAGGGGCACUCUCCAACACUCACACUGUUUAGUGAGUCCGCCAGAUCAGAGGCAAUAGGGAUGAACAGGGAUGUUAUCUUGAUAAGUGUGUGAAUUAGACCUGCUAAGCAUUCAAAAUGUAACAAGUAUUUUUGGGUGUCAGGGAAAAUGUAUGGAGUAAAAAGUACAUAAUUUUCUUUAGGAAUGUAGUGAAGUAAAAUUUGUCAAAAAUAUAAAUAGUAUAGUAAAGUACAGCUACCCAAAAAAACUACUAAGUAGUACUUUCAAGUAUUUUUACACCACUGGGUACAGACCCACUGUCCUUGACAAUAUUGUUUUUGUUGUUGUUGUGUUGACCUUGGUGCCUGUGUGUAUUUUUCCUCCAGGUGGGCACUCUGAGUGCUUCAAGCCCCUGGCGUCGCCCCGCUUCCUGCACUACUCUGCCUCACUGCACCUGGUAGACAUGCUGCCCCCUCUGCCCAUAGACGACACCGCUGACACACACAGCCUCACCUCAGAGGAAGGGUGAGGAACUUCCUGUUGAAUACUUCCUGACACCAAUUUAUCCGUAGCUUCUCCCAUUCCCCACUCUCUAAUGAGCCACUGCGCUCCACUUCCCUCCAUUUCCUUGGCCAUUAUAGUAAAACCCUAUGGCCUGAAGUGGUUUCCUGUCUACUGCUGGAGAAAAUGAUUGUACUUCCUCCCUGCUCUUAGCCAUGAUGACAGGGCCUUGACACGGCUCAGAGAACGGCAACCAACACCCAGCCAUCAAAUGCCAAUUUACUUGCCCAUGAAUGACAUGUAACCACAGUUUAAACAAAGGAAACUGCUCAAUUCUAGUUAUGGUAUGACUAUUCUCCUGCAAGGAAUACCACUUUUGUUAGAAAGAAAAUUGGAAUAUCUUGUAAUUAUAGUACAUUUAGGCAACUAAGCGUGACGAACGUACGGAGACAGAUCCACUGUCCACCUCCCCGAUUUCGUCGUGGGGGACAAUAAUAUUAGCUGCUGUAUUAUCAAGCUAAUAUUUUGGCUUAAAGGCCCACUCUGUGAUAUAGCCAUUUUGUUAAUUAAUUAAUGAUACAGCAAUUGAUUCUUGAAGAAUAUCACUUAUAAAUGUCUCAUGAAUUUAUUUUUCAUUAUUGGAAAUGACCAUCUGACCCUUUUUUAUCACAUCUAGGUCCAGCAGGUCCACUAAGCUGACAGUAGAUGUCAGGUCUCUCCAGUCUGUGUGUGCUGCGUCUGGUCACCGUGGCCCCCCCACCAACACUAACACCAACACCACUGGCUGCCCCUCCUACAGCUGCCUGUCCACUGCCUCCUACUGCAUGUCAUUGGACGAGGAACAGGACGCAACGAUGACCUCACAGGAUGUCACCCAGUACCUGGAGCGCAGCCCCAAGGCUGAGAAACACAUGUAGGGUUGCCAUGGAAACCUAGGGGUGGCGACUAGGGAAGGGCGAGAGGGUUACUGUCAGAGUCUACUACGUCGAUUGAUAAGGGCUUUUAAACUUAGACAACCAAAAAUGUUGUCAGUAAUAUUUAAUCUUUGACUUGUAAUAAUUGUGUUAUUUUACUACAGUAUUGCUUUACAGGUGUCAGUGUUGUUAGUUUUUACUUUAUUCACCUCUUACCUUACCUAACUUCCUGUUUCCAGCACCACGUUGGAGAAUCCUCCCGCCUCCUCCCUGUCCCGUCCCUUUACUCCCACUCCCACCCUGGGCUAUAUCAAUGGGCCCCUCCCCUCCGACCAACUGGAGGACGGGAUGACUGACGAACAGGAGCCAAUGGGCUUCCGACGGGCCCGGUUUCAGAGCACGCCCUCGUCGCUCUGCAGCGAAUGGGAGGGUUCGCUGUUGAACGGCUGGGGCUCGGUGUCAGAGGGCAACAUGGCGAACAGCACCCGCACCAGCCUCAGCUCGUCGGAUGUCUCAUUCAUGAACGACGCCAACUUUGCCCGGGUGCUUGCCACCGUGGCCGCCGAGUCCAUGAGUGGAGCCUCCUUCUCAGGCAAGAAUACUGGAUAAACAUGAUUAAAACGUUAAUGAUAGGUCCUCUGCAUGUUUUAAUAUGGUUGCACAAAUGUAGCCAAUCAUCAUACUUUAGACAGGUUAUUCAAAUAGGUUAUUCCUUGAGAUUGAGAUGUCUUCCACCAACUGGCACUAGAUGGUGCACUAUUACAAGACGAUCCUUAAAUGGUGCCUUGAAGUCAGAUUUACAUCAGACAUUCAAUGUGAUUCCACUAGCCUCUAUAGUUUGGUCAUCAUAUAUCUGGAUGGAUGUGUCAGGCUACAUCAGGGUUAGGUAUUAUUCAUGAAUUUAACAUUGUCCAUAGUAUUUAACAAAGAACAAACAUUUUACAACUCAUAAAUGGAAUUACAGUGUAUUCCCUCGAGUAGCGGGUAGUGAAAUGGAAUUGACCACACAAUCAGGUGUCACCAGUUUUCAUUUGUGUAGCUUAUUGGCAUGCUCUGUAUCCAUUGGGGAUGUAGCCUAACCUAGAUUUAAGCAGUGCUCUUGUAUUCGAGGAUGCAUAGAUGUGGGAAUUGUCAGUGCUUGUGUGGCCCCUGAAACUGACCUAUGGGACAUAUAGAUGUGAUUGAGGUGAGAGUGUAUCUCACAGACACACACAGUGUAAAGAGAGAAAGUGUGUGUGUGUGUGUUUAAAUGUGUGUGUGCAGAUGCUCAAGUGUGUGUGUGUCCGUGCGUGCGUGUGUUGGGCAGGGGUUAACUCAGGAUUUAGGGGUGGCAAUGGGUGAUUACUUAAGACCUCUCAGCAAAUUAAAGGACUGUCACUUGAUCAAUCACUCUGUCCUUUUUCCAAAUGUGCAGACGGCCGAUUCAACUUUACUCGAUUUGCCCAAUUGUAAACAAAUAAAAAACUAACAAAAAAAACUAGAUGCCCGUGCAUUAAUUUAGUUAACAUAAUUUAAAAAUCCCCAUCAAAAUCUGUCUAAGCUAGAGAUAUCAGUUUUUUUGUAUGCUGCGUCUCAAUCCACUGCAUCUGCCUAUGUCGGCCUUCAGCAUCUGCGGUGGAAGGUGGCAGAGCUACAGCGCUGUUUGUCAGACCAGGAGAUAUCCUGAAAAUUGGUCUCACGAAAACAUCUGUAGCAUCCAAACGGUUGGGGCUACAAACUAUUAUGACACCAAACACGAUGGUGUUCUCCGUUUUGCUCUACGACCCCCACAAGUGUCACGGGACUUGUCUGAUGGUAACCUGGUACCAGUUUUAAAAAAGGAAUGGAAAUAUGGAAGUAGUUUUGUGCCAUAAUAUAUAUUUCCUUAGAUUUCUUAUAUCUCCUAGAUAUAGGGCAUGCAUUUCAAAACCUUAUUCCUUAUGAUGUGUUUUGUUGUCUGUUUUGCCAUAUACAGUAUCUCACAAAAGUGAGCACACCCCUCACAUUUUUGUAAAUAUUUGAGUAUAUCUUUUCAUGUGACAACACUGAAGAAAUGACACUUUGCUACAAUGUAAAGUAGUGAGUGUACAGCUUGUAUAACAGUGUAAAUUUGCUGUCCCCUCAAAAUAAAACAACACACAGCCAUUAAUGUCUAAACCGCUGGCAACAAAAGUGAGUACACCCCUAAGUGAAAAUGUCCAAAUUGGGCCCAAAGUGUCAAUAUUUUGUGUGGCCACCAUCAUUUUCCAGCACUGCCUUAACCCUCUUGGGCAUGGAGUUCACCAGAGCUUCACAGGUUGCCACUGGAGUCCUCUUCCACUCCUCCAUGACGACAUCAUGGAGCUGGUGGAUGUUAGAGACCUUGCACUCCUCCACCUUCCGUUUGAGGAUGCCCCACAGAUGCUCAAUAGGGUUUAGGUCUGGAGACAUGCUUGGCCAGUCCAUCACCUUUACCCUCAGCUUCUUUAGCAAGGCAGUGGACGUCUUGGAGGUGUGUUUGGGGUCGUUAUCAUGUUGGAAUACUGCCCUGCGGCCCAGUCUCUGAAGGGAGGGGAUCAUGCUCUGCUUCAGUAUGUCACAGUACAUGUUGGCAUUCAUGGUUCCCUCAAUGAACUGUAGCUCCCCAGUGCCGGCAGCACUCAUGCAGCCCCAGACCAUGACACUCCCACCACCAUGCUUGACUGUAGGCAAGACACACUUGUCUUUGUACUCCUCACCUGGUUGCCGCCAAACACGCUUGACACCAUCUGAACCAAAUAAAUGUGUCUUGGUCUCAUUAGACCACAGGACAUGGUUCCAGUAAUCCAUGUCCUUAGUCUUCAGCAAACUGUUUGCGUGCUUUCUUGUGCAUCAUCUUUAGAAGAGGCUUCCUUCUGGGAUGACAGCCAUGCAGAUCAAUUUGAUGCAGUGUGCGGCGUAUGGUCUGAGCACUGACAGGUUGACCCCCCACCCCUUCAACCUCUGCAGCAAUGCUGGCAGCACUCAUACGUCUAAAUACGUUCCCAAAUACAACCUCUGGAUAUGACGCUGAGCACGUGCACUCAACUUCUUUGGUUGACCAUGGCGAGGCCUGUUCUGAGUGGAACCUGUCCUGUUAAACCGCUGUAUGGUCUUGGCCAUCGUGCUGCAGCUCCGUUUCAGGGUCUUGGCAAUCUUCUUAUAGCCCAGGCCAUCUUUAUGUAGAGCAACAAUUCUUUUUUUCAGAGAGUUCUUUGCCAUGAGGUGCCAUGUUGAACUUCCAGUGACCAGUAUGAGGGAGUGUGAGAGCGAUGACACCAAAUUUAACACACCUGCUCCCCAUUCACACCUGAGACCUUUUAACACUAACGAGUCACAUGACACCGGGGAGGGAAAAUGGCUAAUUGGGCCCAAUUUGGACAUUUUCACUUAGGGGUGUACUCACUUUUGUUGCCAGCGGUUUAGACAUUAAUGGCUGUGUGUUUAGUUAUUUUGAGGGGACAGCAAAUUUACACUGUUAUGCAAGCUGUACACUCACUACUUUACAUUGUAGCAAAGUGUCAUUUCUUCAGUGUUGUCACAUGAAAAGAUGCACUCAAAUAUUUAGAAAAAUGUGAGGGGUGUACUCACUUUUGUGAGAUACUGUAUGAAUGUGUUAUUCAAUGCGUCCAAUUCUGAUAUUUAUUUUCACUAAUUGGUCUUUUGACCAAUCAGAUCAGCGCAAAAAAAUACCAAUUAGUGGAAAAGUAUCGAAAUUGGGCUGCCUGUGUAAACGCAGCCAUAUUUGUUUAUUAUUCCUCUCUAAUCAGGGACAAAUUUAGACCUGGGACACCAGGGCUGCAUUUACACAGGCAGCCCAAUUCUGACCUUUUUUCAAUAUAUUGUUAUUUUGACCAAUCACAUCAGAUAUUUUUGAGAGCUGAUCUGGUUGGUCAAGAGACUGGACUGUCUGUGUAAAGCAGCCCAGGUGGAUGCAAUUCAUUGUCAGGUAGAACAGAAAACCAGCAGGCUCCGGAUCUCGUAGGGUAAUAUUUGGAUAACCCUGCCCUAUAUAGUGCACUACUUUUGAUCAGGGCUCAUAGGGCUCUGGUUGAAAGUAGUGUACUAUGUAGGUCAGGGUUCUCCGACUGGCGGCCUGCGGGUGGUUUUAUUUGUCCCCCCAAGUUAUCUGAGCAAAAAAUAAAUACAAAAUGCAUUUUAUUUAUUUUUUACAUUUUUGGACAUAAGACUGUAAAAACACCAGGAAAUCAGCUCCAAGUGAUUUAAAUUUGGGAAAUCUGUACCCAAGCAUUCCCAUGCAUAAUAGAAAGACACAUGAUCGUAUACAAAAGUAAGCACGGUUUGAAAUGAUUAUGUUUUAGUCAAAUAUUAUAUCUGUUUGGGCUUCUUGCGCUCAAUUUGCAGUCUACUCAUUAUUUGUAAUUAUGUUUCGGCCCCCCGACCAUCCGCUUAAGAAAAAUUCGGCCCGCGGCUGAGUCUAGUUGAUGAUCCCUGAUGUAGGGAAUAGGGUGUCAUUUAGGACAAAUUCAUUUUCCUCUUUAAUUACUGGCCAAGGGGACACUUCAUUGGCAGGGGGAUCAUUCAUCUGUUUUUUUUACUGUUGAUAUGGUACAAAGAGGCAAUCUCUGGCACUGUAAAAAUGUGUCCCUUCUCUUACAUCUCUUAUCAUGACGUCAGUUGUCGUAUCAUAUCUCUCUGUGUCAUGAUGUCAAUUGUCAUAUAUCUCUUUGUAUCAUGGUGUCAUAUAUCUAAUGUAUUUUGUAAUAUACAGUAUUUCUCUAUCAUGGUGUCAUGUAUCUGUGUGUGUGUUAACUCUAGUUGUGUUCUCCUGUCUCCUCUCCAGACUUCUCUCCCCCGGCGUCGCCCCUCAGUGCCCUGUUCCCUCCAGCUCGAGGGGAAGGAGGGGACUGUUUCGGGGAGCUGGACCCCAUGCCCAUUUGGGACUGGAGCACAGCUUGGGUGGAGGAGAUGGAGGCGCAGUACCGUGCCCAGUACCCCUCCCAGGCAGCAGCAACCCCCGCAUGCGACACCUGGGGGCGUUGCCGUGAUGACCUUCACCAUGACAACCGCCGAGCCACCGAAGGGAGUAGGGGCAAAUGACAAGGGGGGGUGAGGACGACCCCACAGCGAUGAUCCGUUUGAUUAUGAUGAUUUUUGGUCAAAUCCAUUUCAAUGCCAAGACAUUAAUUGAAUUUACUCUUGAUUUGUUAAGUACGAAAGCAUGAGAAAAAACUAUUACAUUUCGACAUGGGUUUCAUUGAUGAUUUUUUAAGUGGUCUUUUUCUGUGAGUGCUUUACAAGUCAUCAGUAGAAGUGUAACUGGGGUUGAAAUGACCAUUCAAUGUCUCCUGUCCAGACCACUAUUGGGUACCUGAACUAGGUUUCCCACAAUACCUCAGGGCAUGGAAAUAGAAUUCCUAGAAUGGACAUCUUCUAUGGUGUCUCUAUGGUGUGUCCUCUGUUUUGUGUUCUCCAUAUGACCUGGUUUGGGCUUUCCAAGAGUUGAACCGCAGCCUCAAAACAACUAAAAAAAUGUUUCCGUCAAAAUUCAGUCAAGUCAUGUCAUAGGUUGUUCCAAAACAAAUAUUUGGAGAGUGUUAUGCUUUUAGUGGCACUGCUACUCUACUACAGCGCUAUUUUUGUCUUCCAGAAUCUUCCAAGCCUGGUUAAAACAGACUGAAUGCACAAUGGUGAGCGCAGCGUUCAGUUGGGUUUAAUAUUAAUUACAGCAUAUUGAAAACGGCAGGAGCGAAUUUGUACAUACCAUUGACUGAUCAUUUAUUUGCAAUAGAAUGUAAAUAUAUGCGACAGAUUUUAUUUAAUGAACCGUGAACACUGUGACUUUCCAACCCAUUUUCUGCCUCUUUUCUUUUCAUCAUACUUUGUUCACACAAGACAGUAUUAUAACGUUUUUUAUUAUUAUUAAAUGUGCUUUUGUCUCUAUUUUUUUUAAUGAGCACUAAACAUUUGUUGUUUGACUAGAAUUUGGAAGAUUUAGUUAUGUUCUGUUUCAGAUUUUGUUUAAUUUCUCUUCCUUUUAACAUGAAACUUAACAUUGAGGGCUGAAUCAUCAACUUCAGAUGUGUGUGCAUGACUAAACUUUUUCGCAAAUCUCCCUUUGACAUCAAUGCAUGACUUGUGUAAAUGUCCUAUGUGUCUGAAGUUAGGAUUUGGCCCUAUGUACCUGCUGAAAUGUGUACAUUGAGCAAUAAGUAGAAUAUGUUUUUCACAUGCUGUAAAGGUCUGGACUAAUAUGUCUCACCUGAGAUGAGGAAUAAUUAUUCCUUUUAUAUAAAUGUUCAUGCAUUACUUAAUAAUAUUAUUUGAAGCUUAACUAACCCAAUGUCUUCUAUUGUGGCCUUAUUGAUAAUAAAACAUAUAAGUCUCA